GCUGUAUAUAAGAGGCAGAAACAACGAGUAGAGCUUCACUAUCAGUCCACAGAAGUUGGAAGCGUAUACCGGGAAGCUGAAAAUAGUUAAAAGACUCAAUCAUCAGCCAUGGCAAUGAAACUGGUGGGCAUCUUCGUCCUGUCGGCAUUUGCAGUCUUCAUUAUGACGGAAGCCCGUUCUAUGGGCGGUUUGGGGACCGGACCAUCAGGCCUGGUAGGGCCGGGAGCAGGGUUCUCUCUCUCCGACCUCCUGCAGAACGAAGACGUCGCCAGCAGUUUCCUCGGAGGAGGAGGCGUGGCCAAAGCGGAUCCGGAGCAGCUAGAACUGCCGUUCCUCUCAGUCGCGGCCGCCCCGGAACAACUGGAGCUGUUCAGCGCAAACCGGGACUUUCUACGCAGCGCAGCAGGACCUAAGAUAUUCGACGGGAAGAAGUAAAGAUUUCAGACAGUGAACUUUGUAAGAUAUUAUGACGGAACAGCGCAUGAACAAUACCAUGUUCAGAACGCCGUGUUCCUGUUAAUAGCCAUUCGAUUUGUGCAUUAUAAUGUACUUGAUUUGUGGAAAAGUUUUGCCAACUACGCACAUAUAAGUCCAGAAAAAAAAAACGUUUAUUUCUUACUGUACGUGUACUGCUGCAGUCAAGUGCAAUCAUGCCGUCAGUGAAAAUCAUAAUGAAUAUGUGAUAAUGAUAUCAAUGUGGCAGUUUCUAUGAUGAUUUUGUUGUAAAUAAAUAUCAAAAUGCGAUA